CAUGUGACUCCUCUGAUAUCAUAAAUAUGUGUCCCCUACAGAUUUAGGGGGAGGUUAGGUGGUUUGGAGAGCUUGCAAUGGAAGUGUCUUGGGUGCUGUACUAGGAAGAAGCACACCCUGGCAUAAUUGGUUGUGAGGCAUCUGCAGGCUGAAUAUCCAGUCCUGUGGGAUAUAAAUUCCUAUGGAAAUGAAUGGGCUGUCUGGAUUCCAGUGCAGGAUUGAGACUUCAUGGGGUAGAUGGAUCAAUACGGUGUAAAUCGAUCAAUACAGGCAAUCAAGAGAGUCAGGCAAGGUUUAUGCUUAAUGCACUCCUGCUGUCAUCCCUCAUCGUGCCCAGGUGCUGCUGAUCUGCCUCUGCACAGCCACAGUCCGUGUUCGAGCCCCUCGUUGCUCUGGUUUGCUUGGCUGACUCAUUUAUCGACCCCUUUCAAACCUUGCAAAUGAUUUUUCUCUCCAAAUUCUUCUCUUUUCGCUGGAGACAAGGCACACAGCUUCUUCCCACGUAAAUCACAUUCCAAAACUUUGAUGUCAUCUUUAUUUUCCUCUCUCGAGACUCCUGAGAAACCCUGCACAGGAUGAUUACUUUCAUCUUAUCUCUUUGGGAAAGACCAGAGCAGGGCUGCUUUGCUGAACCCUUGAGCAUCAACAACAACACACCUCAAAGAGCAGCAUCUAUAAUGUUCUGCCAGGUCCCACCUGGGCUGAAGAAAGGUUUUCACUGACAACAUUGCAGUUGUUUUUUUUUCCUGAAGACCAGAGGGAGAAACUGGGAAAGGAUGAGGAUUUGGCAGUAUGGUUUUAUCAUUAACACAGCCUCUAUGAGAACUGUAGCAUCAAACCCAAAGAAUUUCAACAAAGCCCCAAAUUUGAUGUUUUUCGACGUUUUCCAAAUGUUCACUCCUUAGGGUUCACACUGAGGUGCUUUUAAUAAAAGCAGACUGAUUCCAGAGGUUUGAGUGACCUGGCCUUCCUGUUGUCUCCUCUGCAGCCAAGUUAUUAAAAUAAAACCCUUUCAGCUAUUUUGCUGAUAUAUGGAAGGGUAUUUGUGGCAUGAUGGCUGGAGUCCUGCUGUCUUAUCACCCCCCCUGAGGAUGGCAAGAAUCCCUCUGGCUGUGUGGAGGAUCUGAAGUGAUCUAUUUAUAAUUUUCUUACCUUGACAAAAUCCAGGGAGUGACUCAAAUCUGUUCCAUCCUUAUGGAAAUUAAUUGUGUUAAUGGGAUCAUUAGAAUUUAGAGUAGUGUCAACAAACUGGUUUUUGCAGCUAAUGAUGGUUCUUGGGAAGGUUAUGUCAUAAGGAAGGCGGAGAACCUGGUCAUCUAUAUAUAUGUGAUCAGCCCUGAGCCCUUUCUUUGGGUUUCAUUGAGCAAUGCUCUAGUAGAGCCAACGUAGGCAAACAGCUGCCACCACCCUCACCAUGAAAAUAGAAGGUGCCUCGGUGGUCCUUGCUCUGGCAUUUUUCUGCUUCUUCUCAGAUGUUGCCAGUCAAGCUUCGAUUAAGAACGAAUGCAGGAAAAUUUGGUCACUUCUGCGCAGCGGGAAGUUUUCCUGUCCCACCACCAAGGAGCCCUUCAGCAGCCCAAAUAACAAAGGAGACCUCAACAAGUGCAUGAUGUGCCAAAGGCUGCUGGAAAGAGACUCAAAAAACAAAGGGAGUGGUGGAGAGGCGGACAGGAACGUGAACUCCUUGGGAAAGGACGAGUGUCGGGAGUUUCGGGAUCUGUUCAAGAGAGGGAAACUUUCCUGCACCAGGGAGAACGACCCUGUCCGGGAUGCCUCUGGGAAGCAGCACAGCAAUAAGUGCAUCAUGUGUGCAGAGAAGUUCAAAAGGGAGAAUGAGCGGAAGUUAUCUAAAAACAGACAAGGAAAAGAUAAGGAUGACUGCAGCGAGUUUCGCUCCCAGUUUGAAGCUGGCGGGCGCCUGUCCUGCACCAGGGAGAACGCCCCUGUCCGGGAUGCCUCUGGCAAGCAGCACACCAACAAAUGUCUCAUGUGCGCUGAGAAGCUGAAAAAGGAAGCUCAAAGAGGGGGUGGAACUGUCCAGCGCAACAAAUUGCCUGCUUCAGAGAGGAUAAACCAGAAGAACUGUGGUGGUUCACGGCAGGGUGUAAACGACAGGCGUCCCUUCUCAUCAGGCAGAGGCCCACAAGGUCAGCGUGGCAGGAACUGCAACCGGCCGCCCGGCCGCAAGUCACAGAGCAGGGACAUCGAUGAGCUGGACUGUGAUCGAAUUCUGCAUGGGGUAAAGGGUGGAAGGAUUUUCUGCAGCGAAUCCUCACAACCAGUCUGUGGCACUGAUGGGAAAACAUACAAAAAUGAAUGUGACUUGUGUUCAGCUGCCAUGAGAGCUUCAAACUUCAUCACGGUAAACUAUCGAGGCGAGUGCCGAGAGCCUGCCCCUGAAGUGGGCAGAUGAGUUAAACAUUUCUUAGCUGCGCUUUCUUUCGACCAGUGGAAGCUGGACAGCCUCCAGCUCUUGGAUUUGCAGCCAGUUUGUGCCUCUGUGCACGGGAUGUCCUGUAGCACCUGGGGAGGACUGUCCUCAUUGGCAGCAAUUCUUGAGAAACUGAAUCUUCAUCACCAGGGAAGUAGACAGAUUCCCGCUCUAAACCCGUAGAGAAUCCAAAUAUUGAACCUACCAAAGAGAUUUCUGGGAAGUUUUGAGAGGGAACAUUGUUUUCUGGGUGUGGAUGUGGUAUCCGUGUGUCUGUAGGCACCGUGGGAUGGGAUGUGAGAGGACCAUCAUUCCACAGUGCCAUUCCAUGCCUUCCUCUGCUCUGUGCCAGGACACCAGCAGCUCCCCCAAACACAGUAAACCUGGCUCCUUUCUGCCUCUUCACUAAAACAGCAGAGUGCCCUAAACUUUGCUUAAAGUCAAAGAAAUUGCAGUGCAGAGAGAAAUAAUUUUGCCUGUGACAGCACUGGAGGUCUCUGUGUGAGUCUGCAGGGGGAUGGAGCUGCUGUUGGCCUGUGGGCACAGGGAGGUGAGGCACCACAUGAGUCUGUUAGUGACCGUGUCCAAGACAGAAUGAGUCUGGAUACACCGUGGCAACUGAAAAAUAGAGAGGAUUCCCCAAAAAACUGGCUUGGUCUGGACUUCCUUACUGUUUCCACUGAGCCAUUGCAGCUCUCAAGCCCUUGCAAUAAGAGGGCAAUGCCAUUUACUGAAAGUCAGAGAGCUUGCAGCUGUGUUA